AUGACUUCCAAUGCCUCGGAUGUUGCCGAGUCUCAUCUCACGCUUCCCUUCUGCCCAUCUCCAGAAGUGGCUUGUUUACAUGUUAUGGAUGCGAUAUCGCACUGUGGCCAAGCCUCUGUACCGAACACAUCAGAAGACCAUUCCAGUUCCCUAUUCGUGGCGCGCGACGGAUCGUAUGCCCUAGGUGGCUGGGGUCAGGCCCAUAUAGCCUCUUCACUGAGUGCUAUGCUGCUGAGUGGUACAGACGAUAAAGUCCGCUACAUUGGAGGGCGUCGUUUCGAUGAGGACAGGGCUAUCGGUGCCGAGUGGCGUGAUUUCUUCCAUGACCCUUCGCAAGAAUAUUGGGUCUUGCCUCGCCUCGAGAUAGCCUCUUCGGGUGUAUAUCCAAAGGCUACGUAUACGGUAGCAGCCAACAUGCUAUACGACAGCGCUACUGGGAAGCUACUCAUGGGGGAGGCUGAUCAUGCUCUAUCAACGAUAGCAUCCUUCAAGUGGCCAUGCAGGCUCAGUGACCUCACCAGUGGGCCGGCCCCUUUGCCUCCUCUGGCGUCAGAUAUAGUAUCAGCCAAUACACUUGAAGAGUAUAGUAACACCGUUAAUACUGCAAUUUCCAAAUUCCGCAAUGGUUCCCUUGACAAAGUGGUCAUCUCACUUCGAUCCACCUUGAGUUUUGAAGAUGGCGCUUACCCAAUGGACCCCAUUGAUUGGCUUAUCACCGUUGUGGAGGCCGUACCAGAUACAAAGCGCUAUACCAUCUACAUCGAACCACCACAUGGCGAAAGUGCAUUUGUAUGUAUCACACCAGAGAGGCUGUGCCGUGUGGAGGGUGGUCAUGUGGAGACAGAGGCUGUUGCUGGCACGUGGAAACCCUCGGAGAUCACUAAUAACGAUGAGGCUGACAUCAAGCGCUCCACCGAGCAUAGUACUGUGACGAAGUAUAUUCGGGGGAUACUGUCCAGGAGAGCUCAUAAUGUCCGCGUUAGUAGAGUGGAUCUAUUGAGAUUGAAGGAGUUGGUCCAUUGUAAGCAGAUGCUAGAGGCUACAGUGGACUUGCCAGACAUUGAGGAUGGGACGAAUGGUGAUGAGAUAGCCUCCUUACGAAGUGGGCAUGGUGUGGUAGAGUGGCUGGUACGGGACUUGCAUCCAACGCCUGCGGUGGGCGGAAAGCCGCUGAAGGAUGCCAUGACGUUUAUCAGAGCGAGAGAGCCUUUCGAUCGAGGCUUCUUUGCUGCUCCUUGUGGUGUGGUAUCGUCCAAUGGAGGAGAGCUGGCGGUAUCGCUAAGAAGCGCCCUGGUCGAACGCCGUCAUGGGUCGAAGAGAGCGUGGUGGCGAUGUAGUGCAUGUGAUGGCUGGUGCUGGGCUCAUCGACGNNNNGAGUCUCAUGUCCCUAUGCUGUUACUGACGGCAGAUAGGCCGGCUGAACUGCGGGAUACAGGGAGUAAUCAGACGAUGAACCAGACGGAUAUCUUCAAGCCUUACGCAGUGUGGACCCGUGAUGUGGCCCCACCAUGCGAGUCGGCGCCGGUGCGGUAUCUCCUUAGUGACACUGACUAUGCUGUUGCCCAAUGCUUGGGCCAACAGGGCGUGGUGCACCUGAAUAUGCAGUUCCGAGAGAAUCUAGCGCCUGAGGGGGGACCGGUUCGAGGAGGACAAUAUGAGGAAAUGAGUGCCUUCCAUGUUCCGGAAGACUCCCGAUUUACACGUUGGCAAAUGCGGUCUACGGAGCCUCUCACACGGACUGCUCGGCCACCUAGACGGAGCAUUGAUGAAGAUAGAGUGAAGGAGCUCAUAUGUUCGAGAGCAGUAGUUGUGGUUGUGGGUGCACUGUCAUCUCCUAUGGAGGCUGUAGCUGUGGACACCAUAGCCGAGCAGCUGGACUGCCUUGUCUUAGCCGAUGUCUUUAGUGGUUGUCGUAGAGAGUGCCUGCCAAGUCUGUGUCUGUCCUCACAAGCUGUGGUGGAUAUGCUGGAGCUCAGUCGUCCAACGAUCAUCCGUAUGGGAGGAGCAUUGAUUUCGAAACAAGUCCAGGGUUGGAUGUCAUCUAAGAUGGGACCAGUUAAAGAGCAUAUUAGAGUAACGGAUGUACCCACGAGGAGACAUGAUGUUGACUGGAACAGUACCAUUGUAGUAGAUGCUACUUGCGCAGAGUUUGCUAGGAUGAUCGAUGCCCUGAACGUCACUACAGAAGCUCUCACGUCCAAUCGUCUCCUGAGAGAUCGAGUACAUGCUAUCAGCGGCCGAAUUGAGGAGAGGCUACAUGCUGAGCUUGGGGAUGAAUGUACGGAACCAAAUAUCAGUCGAGCAUUGGCUACCUUCGCAUCGGCCCAGAAGGAAUGUGUAGUCAUAAGUAGCAGUAUGAGCUGCCGUAACUUUGAUACCUUCUGCCCUCUAAGGACCAAUAUACCCCGAUCUUCCUGCAGUAGGGGAGUGAGUGGUAUUGACGGAACUAUCAGCACGACCAUAGGAUACGCUGUAGGGUGUGGCCUCUCGACAAAUCUUCUAAUUGGAGAUGUUGCGGCCAUUCACGACCUCAAUUCGGUUGUCCAAUUGGCCAACUACUUGAAUGGUGGGGGUAUGGUCGGGGAGGUCAGAGUACCCCCGGUGAAGAUCGUGGUGUGCAAUAACAAUGGUGGUAGCAUGUUCAAGUUCGUGCCUAUCGGGAAGUACUCUGAGGAGGUGGCUUAUGACAAGAAUUUCCGCACCCCCAUCGAAGUGGCUUUCGCUGGUGCGGCUGAGAUGAUGGGCCUGAAGGGAAGCACCAAGGUGGAGGGCCUGUCUAAGAUGGUUGAAUGUCUUGGCCAUAGUGGGCUGAUCGAGAUCGUACCCAAGACUAGUCAAGAUGAGGACGUGGCACUCCGUCGGAGGGUUACAGGAAUGGUGGGAGAGGUUGUUGAAGAUGCACUUCGGUUGCAUCCUGGGGUCAAAUUGAGGCAAGUUAAGGCAUGUGUGUUGGUCCUGAUGGUUCCUGUCAGUUUUAUUCGAGGUGGUACUCCGGGUAAGGCCCCACUGGUCCUCUUACACGGCUGGAUGGGCAGCGCCAAGUCGUACUCAGACUGGCUGGCCUGUGAUGAGCUCAGUAGCAAAUACGAUAUUGUUGCGAUAAGCCUGCCGGGUCAUGGCGGUUCGCUUCCCUCGAAAGACAGCACUUUGUUCGACUACGGUAUGUCAGCGACGAUUGCCAACCUUCGUGGGCUGGUGAAGGAUCUUUUCAACGGCAAGCCAGUGACCGUCUGCGGCUAUUCUUUGGGAGGCCGUGUGGCUCUGGAAUGGGCCCGUCGUGCCCCCGGGGGCAUCACUCGUCUGGUCAUCUUUGCGGCUAGCACUGCAGUUGGGGGCCCCGCAGUGAGAGAGAGGCGUUGGAGGAGUGACUGUGCGUGGGCGGAGAAGUUGGAAUCCCCCACAUUGGACCUUGGUCUCUUCCUCACCAAGUGGUAUGGGUCUGGCUCAGUAUUCGCUGAUUUGCCGACGCGAAGACCGGAGGAAUUCUUCGGUCAAUGGUUGCCAUCACGAGUGGGCAGCGGUAACCCUGCGGGUUGGGCAAAGUCUAUGUUGGCCAUGAGCCAGGCCUGGGGCGUUGACUGUUCGAGUGUGCCGGUUGAUCGCUUCAUUGCUGGGGCUCUCGAUACUAAGUAUUCGAGUAUGAAGGUCUCACUGGCGAGGGAGAGUAGUGAUCGAGUUAUUCUGCCAGAUGUUGGUCAUAGUCUACUCUGGGAAGUUGACUGUCAGACACUUAUCCAUGCUGCUAUGCUGUGACUUUUCUACUUUAGUACUGUACGUCGAACUGAUCUCGAUUGACGUUCCUUUUUCGUAGUAUGUCCUAGCGAUUAUCGGAACGUGUGUAUUUCUCGCACGAUGAGUGUAAAGCAAAAGCGUUGUUUGUGCCUACGGUGGUGUGUUCGUAACUAUUACGCGACUGC